AUGUCCAACGGAUCUACAGCAUUCUUCCUCCCGCCUGAAAAGGCCCAAGGCCUCGCCAACUACCCCCAUGCCCGCAUCACCCCCACCAACCCCUCGUCGCGCACCAUCCACGUCUCGGGCACCUCGUCGCGACGGGGCGACGGCACCUGGGACGGCGUGAUCGAGCACCCAGAUGGCACCUGGACGCUGGACAUCCGCGAGCAGACGGCUGCGGUGCUGCGCAACAUCGACACGGUCAUCCGCGGCGCGACGGACGGCAAGGGCAGCAUCCAGAACGUGGUCGAGGCGACCGUCUUCCUCACCGACCUGGCCGGCUGCUACAAGGGCAUGAACGACGAAUGGAACAAGGUGUGGCCGGAUCGGGGCGAUGCGCCGGCGAGAACGACCAUCGGGGUCAAGGAGCUGCCGAACCCGCGGUUACUGGUGGAGAUCAAGUGCACUGCGAUUUGUGAGUGGUGA